AGUCUGCGGAAGGCCCAUGGCGACGUCUCUCUGAAGAACAAGGCGGGGGUGUCGCCGAGUUCAUCGAAGUGUUUCAUCAACUUCACUGCCUCAAUCUGGUUCGCCAAUACACUUGCCAUGAUUCGUACGACUGCAGUGGGGAAGUGCCGUUUGGCGACACCCCAGCAAUGCUACGCCGCCAUGUCGACCAUUGCAUUGAGAGCAUUAGACUCAAUCUAAUAUGCACUGGAGAUGUCACGCCCUUCUUGGUUACACUUAAUCCUAAGAACAAGCUUGGGGAGUCAGCGGAUUUUGAGACUCUCCACAAGUGUCAGAAAUUUGUUAAGUUGGCAGAGUGGUCAAAGACGCACGUGGCAAGUCACAAACUGUUUAGGGUAGGUCACAGACAACCGGCAAGGCCCAAGGCCUUGUCUGAUCAUUCCUACGGAGUCGAGACAUGAACGGC